AUGGGUCGUCGUCCAGCUCGCUGUUACAGAUACUGCAAAAAUAAACCUUAUCCCAAGAGUCGAUUUUGCCGCGGUGUUCCCGAUCCAAAAAUUAGAAUUUUUGAUUUGGGUCGAAAAAAGGCGAAUGUGGACGAAUUUCCUCUAUGUAUUCAUCUGCUUUCUGAUGAACAUCAACAACUUUCUAGUGAAGCAUUAGAAGCCGGACGUAUUUGCGCUAACAAAUAUAUUACAAAAUUGGCUGGUAAAGACUCUUUCCAUUUAAGAGUUCGUGUUCAUCCCUUCCAUGUUAUUCGUAUCAACAAAAUGUUAUCAUGUGCUGGUGCUGAUAGAUUGCAAACUGGUAUGCGAGGGGCUUUUGGUAAACCCACAGGAACCGUUGCUCGCGUUGAUAUCGGGCAAAUAAUUUUCUCUGUUCGCACCAAAGAAAAUAAUAAGCCAACCGUUAUUGAAGCUCUCAGACGUGCUAAGUACAAAUUUCCUGGACGACAAAAAAUCAUUGUGUCCAAGAAAUGGGGAUUCACAAAAUUGUCUCGAGAAGAAUAUAUGGAAAAGAGGCAAAAUGGUCUCUUGCAACCAGAUGGUGCUUACGUUAAAUAUUUAUCGCAUCAUGGUCCUCUUUCAAAACAUCUUGCCCAAAUCGCAGCUACUUCUUAA